ACCCUCCGCCGGUGCUGCGGGUGGACGACCGGCAGCGGCUGGCCCGGGAGCGGCGUGAGGAGCGCGAGAAGCAGCUCGCUGCGAGGGAAAUCGUCUGGUUGGAAAGAGAAGAGCGAGCCCGGCAGCACUAUGAGAAGCACCUGGAGGAGCGGAAGAAGAAGUUGGAGGAGCAGAGGCUGAAGGAGGAGCGGAGGAGGGCCGCGGUGGAGGAGAAGCGGAGGCAGAGGCUGGAGGAGGACAAGGAACGCCAUGAAGCUGUGGUCCGGCGCACGAUGGAGAGGAGCCAGAAGCCAAGACAGAAGCAUAACCGGUGGUCGUGGGGAGGCCCCCUCCACGGGAGCCCCCGAGCCCGCAGCGCGGAUCCAGACAGGCGAUCAGUUUCCACCAUGAAUCUUUCGAAACAUGUCGAUCCCGUCAUUAGCAAGCGGCUCUCCUCUUCAUCUGCAACUUUGCUAAAUUCUCCAGAUAGAGCUCGCCGCCUGCAGCUCAGCCCGUGGGAGAGCAGCGUUGUUAACAGACUGCUGACGCCCACCCAUUCGUUCCUGGCCAGAAGCAAAAGCACAGCUGCCUUGUCUGGAGAUACAGCAUCUUGCAGCCCCAUCAACAUCAUGCCCUACAAAGCUGCACACUCUAGAAAUCCGAUGGAGCGACCAAAAUUCUUUGUAACACCGCCUGAGGGCUCUGCACGAAGGAGGACUGUUCAUGGCGCAGCGGGCUCUAAAAGAGAUAGGGAGCGAGAGAACAUUCCCUUCCACCCGACAGCUGGCAUCCGAAGGGCUCUGUCUCCGUCACAUCCCAAAGCCAGGUCACCAGCUCCCUCCCGACUCUGGCUCCCAUCCAAGUCCCUCCCUCACUUGCCCGGCACACCCAGACCAGCAUCCUCCCUGCACCCCGGAUCAGUCAAAGCUGCUCCCGCACAGGCCUGGCCCCCGUCCCCCGGCAACAUCCGUCCCAUCAAGAGAGAAGCCAGGGUGGAGCCUGAGAGAAAAGAGCCCCAGGAGGAACCUCAGGAAGUUGCCGGUGAGCCCUUGCUGGAGGGCAGAGCACCUUUGGUGAAGGUAGAAGCAGCUGCAGGGGAAGAGGGGCCACCCGUGGAAACAGAGGCCACCCCUGUUGCUCCAGCCACAGCCCUGGCCUCCACCUCGGCCCCCGUCCCAGCUCCAGCUUCGGCCCCAGCCCUGGCCUCGGUCCAGGUCCAGGUCCCAGUCCCAGGCCCGCCAUCCACUGUGACUGCCAGUGCUUCUCCUAAGACCUCUGCAGGCACCACUGACCCGGAGGAGGCCACGAGGCUGCUCGCUGAGAAGAGGCGGCUGGCCCGCGAGCAGAGAGACAAGGAGGAGAGGGAGAAGAGGGAGAAGGAGGAGCUGGAGAGACAACAGAGAGAGGAGCGGGCUCAGAGGGCGGCUGACGAGAGGACUCGCGGCGAGGCGGCCCGCGGGCCGGAGGCCGAGCAGGCGCGGGAGAGCGAGGAGCAGCAGCGGCUGCGCCAGCGCGAGGCGGCCGAGCGCGUCCGGAAGCAGAAGCACGAGGAAGCUCGCGUCCGCGAGGAAGCGGAGCGCGCUCGGCAGGAACGGGAGAAGCACUUCCAGAGGGAAGAGCAGGAGCGCCUGGAGAGGAAGAAGCGCCUGGAGGAGAUCAUGAGAAGAACCAGGAGAGCCGACGCCGCAGAUAAGAAAACUGUUGAUCAGAGAAAUGGAGAUAUAACCAAGGGAGCCCUCACUGGGGGAGCAGCGGUAUCUGCACUUCCCUGUGUGACAGACUCUCCAGGAAGUGGAGAACCAUCGGCCAGCUCGCAUGUGGUUACCUCCCAUCCAUCGAAGGUGACUGUGGAGAGUACUCCCAAUUUGGAAAAACAACCAAAUGAAAAUGGAGUCUCUGUUCAGAAUGAGAAUUUUGAAGAAAUUAUAAACUUACCCAUUGGAUCUAAACCAUCCAGAUUAGAUGUCACCAACAGAGAGAGCCCAGAAAUUCCUUUGAAUCCAAUUUUGGCCUUUGAUGAUGAAGGGACACUUGGGCCCCUGCCUCAGGUAGAUGGUGUUCAGACACAACAGAUAGCAGAAGUUAUAUGAGCAUUUCUUCUGAAGAACCAAAGCAGAAGUUUAAUAAGAAUUGCUGCAAUUCCUGGAAUUCCCUCCGUGCUGUGAAGGAGCACCCCCCUCCUCCAGUUUUCUAAAGAUUUUUUGACCAUCAUUUUGAAAAGAGUUUAUUAAAACCAGCUAAAGACAACAGACUGGAGAGCUUUUCUAAUACUUUUCGCCAACAGAGAAAAAGAAAUGCUCCUUAUUCUUCAAUACUUUAAAAUGGCUUUUUCCAGUGUCCUCCUUCUUAGUAAAUCAAUAUUUUUCUGCAUUCUCUAAAAGAUGGAAGCAUUUGACUAUAAAAGAAAUGGGCUGACUAGGCAUGGUUUUUCACAUAGAUAUUUUGGUAUUUUGGUCUUUAAAAGCUAACGUAAAAUUGGCACAAAAAAAUUCACCUUUUGCAGUAUAAUACUUGAAAAAUAAGUACCUCUUAGCUCUACAGGUAGAGUGAAUAGGAGAGGUGUUUAAAUUAAGCCUGUUUGUUUAAAUAUUAUUGCAAAGAACUCUGUUUGUAGAGGCAAAUUAUAGGCAGAUUACCAGGUUCUUGUAAAGCAACUUGUGUGUGGACAUUCUGCAGACCCAGCUGUCACGUUCCUGCAGCUCCUUUUUGCAAAAGCAUACUGAAUAGUUUUAAAA